UGUGGGUUUGGUCUCUAACCGUCGGCAGUGUAUGUGAGUAUACUACUUUGUAUAAAUAACACGCCAUACAAUGACAAGACUAGGAUACGUGAUGUAGUGUUUUUGAAAGUCUAGAGUAAACACAUUUAGCGAUCGUACGGCUAUAUAAAUAAGACUGGGACAGUGUGCGAUACACACGAUCGUUCAUCAGCCAAGAGGAGAGGACCUUUACUGUUUAAGCAUAUGGAAUAUUCAAAAGAGGCAAGCACAUGCCUGUGGAAGGUUUCCUUAGAGAAAAAGUGUUUUAAUUACCAAUCAUUAUAGAUUAUCGUAUCAAAAGAUACAUGGUUUAUUGCAAAAGGCGAGGACUGUAAUUUGAAAAGUUUUAAGAAUUACCCUCCAUUUAUAACAGUGCAAUAUUGAAGCAAACGAAAACAUGGUUACCAGCAAUAUCUAUGAAGCUAAGUGCAUACAAUGCACACUUGUGGGAGAUGCGGCUGUGGGAAAGACGUCCCUUAUUAGGGCUUACACUGACAACACGUGCUGUAAACCUCCAGCAGAUACAGUGUUCGAAAAUUAUGCAGGUACAUCAAAGUAUUCAAAUCAAGAAUUCACAAUAAGUGUAUUUGAUUGUUCUAGCAAGACUGACCAUGAAAGUAUCCGGCUAUUUGCUUACAAAGACAGUGAUGUAUUCGUCAUGUGCUACAGUGUAAUGGACAGAGAAUCAUUUGAUAAUAUAAAAUCGAGAUGGUUACCGGAAGUGACGUACAUUAUGGGAAAACGAUUAAAUCUAGUGUUGGUUGCAACUCAGGUUGACUUACGAGAAUCAAUUGACCUCGAUCAGGAUAUCCCAGUAAGUAAAGCCGAAGGACAUCAUAUGGCUGAAGAAAUAGGAGCGUUUAGUUUCAUUGAAUGUUCAUCGUCAAAUCAAGACUGUGUUCAGGGUGUAUUUGAGGAUGUUGUUCAAUGCUCUUUGAAACAAAAGAAGAAAAAACAUAGUAUUGUUCAAAGGAUUUUUGGAACGAAAUAAGUAACAUUCCAACCAAAAGCUAGAGAGCUGUGAUUAUUAAAAGCCUAAGCCUAGACUGUGCAGUUGAACUGGAUCCUAAAUUAAUGAUCAAAUGAGCUGUUUUAUGCAAUAUUGAGUUUAUAUACCAACUAGGUUUUGUGUUUAUAUACUUGACGAAUGACUUGUUCUUUGAUACUGGUCUUUAGUUGAUGGUGAUUUAGUUUCCGUUCUUUUGUUAUACGAAGCUCAAAUACAGGGCUGAUUGUUUUUGAAAAGAUUACUUAGACAAUCGCCGCUUUUACUUUUAGUGAAUGGAAGUAUAUGUGAUUAGUGGUAUAUGUGAUUAGUGGUAUGUGCGAUUAGUGGUAUGUGUAAUUAGUGGUAUGUGCGAUUAGAGGUAUGUGUGAUUAAUAUUAUGUGUGAUAAGUGGUAUGUUCAGUUGCUCUGACUUCAAGUCAUAAUGUUUUAGCUUCAUAAAGAACAGCGACAGUAAUUGAUUGUCUUCAAAAUGUAUUGGCGCUUCAUUUACAUUGAUGAUCAAGAUACGAACGAUUGUAGUGAGAUGAUGUUCAGUUUUGUUAUUGAUAUUUAAGGGAAUUGUUGUUUAUUUAAUAAAUGAUAUGAUGCUGUU